GCAGCGACCUCGCCAGGACUAAAAAUGGCGGAGUCGGUGCUGGAAGAUGUCCGAAAGCUGCAGACUCGGCUGACUAGCUCUUCGGAACCGAAGAAGCUGAUGAAGAGUUUGAAGAGACUUUCUGAACUGCCAAUCACCGUAUACAUUCUUCAGGAGACUGGAGUCGGAAAGACUGUGAACAGUUUACGAAAACUUGCACAGGUUGGAGAAUUUGCCAAGAACUUGGUGGCAAAAUGGAAGAAGCUUGUGCCAGUUUCACAGGAAACACAGCGGCAUAAUCUUGAACCUAAAGAACAGGGCCAUGACCGAAGCAUCUCAAGGAAACGACACCUGUUGCCCAAAGAAGACAAAACAGCCUACUCAGAGACAUGUCAACCUUCUUGUAGCCGGUCAUGUGAGACGGAUUGUGGAGCUAAAAAGGCCAAGAAGUAUUCAGACCCAGAAAAAUCCCAUCACGAUGUAAGCUAUGGUAUUCCAGAAGACAGGUCAUGGAGGAGAGGGUCCUCUGACCAGGAAUGUUCUGACUAUGGACAUGCAAUCUCAUCUGAGCCCAGCCAAAGUCCUCAGGAACUAUGUAUGGACCCCUAUCAUACUGAAGAACAAGAGAGGGAACAAAAAUCCCUUUCCCGAAAGGGGAUUAAAAGCCACCAGUUUCAGGACAGACUAGAAGCUACUCAUCAUAGUAAUUUCAGUGACUCUCAAGAGAAACCCAGUACAAGUCGGGGCAAAGAGCCUAAAUCUUCUCACAAAGAGAGGCAGCGGCCGGAAGCCAAGGGGGACGAGAAGGCCACUGUAGUUAGCUCAGAGAAACUGCCAAAGGCUUCUACGUCCCAUGAAGCUUCUGUAUCAGGCAGCAGCAAGGAGAAGCUGAAGGCUCCGGACAGCCUCAAACGAGACAAGAAAAAAGAUGGCAGCAGCGCCAAGAAACAGAAGGCCUACUUUGACUUGGAGGAUAGCUUGAAUGAACACAGGAAGAAGCAAAAAACCCAUGACUCGGACAAGGCCAAACUAGAAAAAGUGAAAUUUAUCAUGGAAACCGUACCUGUUCAGGUGAAACCGAAAUCUGAAGGAGAUUUGCCUAAUAAGAACAAAGAGAAGAAGAGUUCCAGCAGCUGUAAAAUUUCUGAGGGCAAACCCAAAGUCCUUGAAGCAAGCAAAAGACCUGCAGGUUUCUCACCUCCCGGAGAAAGAGAGGUGGAGGAUGAAUAUGAAAAGCCCACCAUGUCCUUUGAGUCGUACCUGAGUUAUGACCAGCCUCAGAAGAAGAAAAGGAAGCUGGCUAAGCCUGCUACAGUUUCAGUUCCAGAGAAAGGACCUAGUAGCAAGCAGAACGGUUCCAAGUCAAGUGCCAAGGGCUUGGACCCAAACUGGAAAAUACCCAAGCUAUCGAGUCAGAAGAAGCCAGUGGAGGCAUCUGCAAUUAAAGCAAAAAAAAUACUCAUUAAUGUGGUGCCAAUGCUUCCUGACAUUCCAUUGCCUCCAAUCCAGGCAACUUAUCGCCCUCUUCCUUCACUUGAUACGACUGCAUUCACCCAACCAAAGAGGAAAGCCCUCUCCUCCCCAACUCAAGAGGAUGAGGCUGGUUUCACAGGACGUCGGCUGAAUUCCAAGAUGCAGGUGUACUCGGGUAACAAGACCGCCUAUCUUCCAAAGAUGAUGACUCUCCAUGAGCAGUGCAUCCGGGUGCUCAGCAAUAAUAUUGAUUCCAUCUACGAAGUGGGUGGUGUCCCAUUUUCUGUACUUGAACCUGUUUUGGAACGCUGUACUCCAGAGCAGUUGUAUCGCAUUGAGGAGUACAAUCACGUUUUAACAGAAGACACAGAUCAAUUGUGGCACAAUCAUUGCCAGCGUGAUUUCAAGAAGGAGAAGCCAGAUGAGUUUGAGAGCUGGAGGGAAAUGUACCUAAGGCUGCACGAUGCUCGAGAGCAGCGACUUCUGAUGCUAACAGAAAACAUCCGUUCAGCUCAUGCCAAUAAACCCAAAGCCCGAGUAGCUAAGAUGGCAUUUGUCAACUCAACAGUCAAGCCACCCCGGGAAGUGAGGAGAAGACAAGAAAAAUUUGGGACUGGAGGAGCAGCUGUCCCAGAGAAGAUGAAAAUCAAACCUGUAUGCUUCACUGCAACUAAAAGUAGCACCGUUCACACGGAAGAGGAACAGGAUUACGACAGGCCCAGUACCAGUAGCGGCCCCUCAGGCUCAUCCCUGGCCAGCACUUCAUCAGCGGCCUAUGACCCAAGGAAGCCCCAGGUGAAGAAAAUUGCACCUAUGAUGGCCAAGACUAUCAAAGCUUUCAAAAACAGGUUUUCUCGACGAUAAAGGAACUGUCAGGCUCCAGUGAAUGCGAAGGAUUUUUUUUUAUGUGCUUACAGGAAAUUGGGGAGUUUUUGGGGAGUCCCCCAAAGCCCUGUUUAAGACCAACUGCACAGUAUUGUUCAAAACCACCUUCCAGUUUCCUCCCUUUGUCCCCAUAAUUUUUGUUUUAUUUGCCAAGCGUUUUGCAAAUGUGAAGUCUUGGCACUUGGCUGAGACACGAAGGUCCACAAACUAUAGCGCUUUCUUCGGUCUCUUUUUUUUUCUGGAUUCCAGAAUGGAAAGAGAACAGCCUUCCACCAUCUGCAGUGUUUGUUUGUUUGUUUGUUUUGUCUCCCUCGACCAAUUGUAAGACUUCAGAUCUGCUCUUCUAGUCUCCACUGUGAAAGACCCAUCUAUUUUGCAGAUACUGUUCAUGAUUAGCAACUGCUGCUAAAGGACCUCUUGGGACUUUUACAAUCUUGGUCAACCUUCCGGCAAGUGAUUUCCCCAAACAUCAUUUUCUUCUCCUUUCUGUUUUUCAGUCGCAGCUCUUAAGUGUUCAUCUCAUGCCUAAAACCCUUUGUGCCAGAUACAAGCUGAUUGGCCUUUCUAUACGGGGACAUCUGUUCACUUGGCAAAGGAAAAAAAAUAAUAAAGUAAGAAAUGGGUACACGUUAUUUUAAACUCGUAGGGAAAAAAAAGCAGCACAACUCAGGAAGCGAAGAAUAAGUCACUUUGCACAAAUCUGGAUUUCAAGCAUUCAUGUGAGGUUUCUUUAUUUUAAAAAUGUAUAGUGACGAUAAGGGGGAUAAGUUUUCCCCAUUUUAAAUUGAAAACAAGGACUUAAAUUAGGUUUUCCUCUUUGAUCCCUCUGGUUUUAACAACAGAGCAGGCACUUUAAUUCACUGUUACCCUUUAAAGAGCUCCAUUGACAAAACUUUACUCAUCUAAGUGCUCUCUACAGGGGAUUCUGGGAAUUGAAGGGACAACACCUCAAGUCAGAUUAGAAAUCAUUUCCAUGGGAAGGAUUGUAGAAACCUCCAGUUCAUUUGUCACUCUCUAAUGUAGAAAGUGUUUUAAUUUUAUUUAAUGUUUUAAUGUUGUUUUAAAUUUAGGCAAAUGUUACAUGAAUUGGCUUUUAACUUCAUUUUGGAACCUUUUUAACGGGUAGGAAUAUACAAAAGACUCAGUUGCUGAAUUAUGGCAACUCUUCCAUCCCUCUGGUUUUACCAACAGAGCAGGCACUUUAAUUCACUUUUACCCUUUAAAGAGCUCCAUUGACAAAACAUCACUCAUCUAGGUGCUCUCUAUAGGGGAUUCUGGGAAUUGAAAGGAAAACAUCUCAAGUCAGAUUAGAAAUCAUUUCCAUGGGAAGGAUUGUAGGAACCUCCAGUUCAUUUGUCCCUCUCUAAUGUGGAAGGUAUCCUUAUUUUAUUUAAUGUUGUUUUAAAUUUAGGCAAAUGUUACAUGAAUUGGCUUUUAACUUCAUUUUGGAACCUUUUUAACGGGUAGGAAUAUACAAAAGACUCAGUUGCUGAAUUAUGGCAACUCUUCCAUCCCUCUGGUUUUACCAACAGAGCAGGCACUUUAAUUCACUUUUACCCUUUAAAGAGCUCCAUUGACAAAACAUCACUCAUCUAGGUGCUCUCUAUAGGGGAUUCUGGGAAUUGAAAGGAAAACAUCUCAAGUCAGAUUAGAAAUCAUUUCCAUGGGAAGGAUUGUAGGAACCUCCAGUUCAUUUGUCCCUCUCUAAUGUGGAAGGUAUCCUUAUUUUAUUUAAUGUUGUUUUAAAUUUAGGCAAAUGUUACAUGAAUUGGCUUUUAACUUCAUUUUGGAACCUUUUUAACGGGUAGGAAUAUACAAAAGACUCAGUUGCUGAAUUAUGGCAACUCUUCCAUCCCUCUGGUUUUACCAACAGAGCAGGCACUUUAAUUCACUUUUACCCUUUAAAGAGCUCCAUUGACAAAACAUCACUCAUCUAGGUGCUCUCUAUAGGGGAUUCUGGGAAUUGAAAGGAAAACACCUCAAGUCAGAUUAGAAAUCAUUUCCAUGGGAAGGAUUGUAGGAACCUCCAGUUCAUUUGUCCCUCUCUAAUGUGGAAGGUGUCCUUAUUUUAUUUAAUGUUGUUUUAAAUGUAGGCAAACGUUACAUGAAUUGGCUUUUAACUUCAUUUCGGAAGCUUUUUAAUGGGUGCGAAUACACAAAAGACUCAGUUGCUGAAUUAUCACAACUCUUGAUCCCUCUGGUUUUACCAACAGAGCAGGCAUUUUAAUUCACUGUUACCCUUUAAAGAGCUCCAUUGACAAAACUUCACCCAUCUAGGAGUUUUGUUAUGUCCCGGAACAAAAAAGAGAGGCCAAGCAAAGGGGGCAGGUUUUGGUCUGGAGCAGAGGUCUCCAACCUUGACAACGUUAAGACUUGUGGACUUCAACUCCCAGAAUUCCUCAGCCAGCUUUACUGGUUGAGAUAUUCUGAGAGUACAAGUCCACAAGUCUUAAAGUUGCCAAGGUUGGAGACCCCUGGUCUGGAGUGACAGCAUCCGUUAUGGAAUAAUCUAGAAGAACAUGUCAUGCCCAGAACAAGCCAGGGGGAAAACCAGUUUUGAGAGUGGUCCAUCUGUCUCGAUGCUUCUUGGCUGCUAUUGUUUUAGUCCUGGAGGAGACACUGAGCUGAGGAUCUUAUCUAUGCUCAUGUUGAUAGGUGUGUGUUGUGGAGGGGAAAGACAGACCUGGUUUUGAAAGGCUUGAUGGUGUGUUGCCUUAGUGCCACGGUUGGAUGAAUAUCGAUGUCCACGUGUUUUAUGAAGGAAUCUGGCCUUUUCCCGAUGAUAGGGAUGGAGGAAAAAGACCUUCUCCCAAUGGCCUCCUAGUGCCACCAUUCUGAACUCUGGCCUUUCAGUUUUCUGCUGAUGCCCAGGUUGUCAUGAGGGUAGCAGUCACAAAAGCCCUGUUAACUUUAAAAACCAGCAAUUCCUCCAUCAAUGUAAAGCUGGAGGGGGUAUGCAGGGUGUACCAUGUGGGAUAGGAUAAGAACAUCUCUUGAUGUUCUCUGUCCGGCCAAACAAGCAAUAUCCCCUGAAGUUCCAACACCCAAGAAAAAGACAGCGCCUUUUUAAAAAACCAUCGUAUAAUUAAAAUUUUAUAUGCAUUUAUAUGUAUUUUGUGUAUUUAUGUAUAUAUACACAUAUACAAAAUACGUGUAUAUGUACACAUACACAAAAUGCAUAUAAAUUUUAAUUAUGGUAUAUGCAGUUUGUGUAUGUAUGUAUCUGUAUAUCUGUGUACACAUAUAUUUAUGUAUGCGUGUGUGUGUGUGUCUGUAUAUAUAUAUAUGUAUAAGAUAGAUAUAGUGAUAGAUUUAGAUAGAUUUAGAUAGAUAUAGAUAGGUAUAGAUAGAUAUAGAUAGAUAUAGAUAGAUAUAGAUAGGUAUAUAUACACACACACAUAUACACGCAUACAUAAAUAUAUGUGUACAUAGGUAUACACAUACAUACGUACACAAAAUAUGUGUGUUUGUGCAUAUAUACACACACAUACACAAAAUGUCUAUAAAAUCUAAGAUUUUAAUUACAUCCACAUUUUGUGUAUGCAUGUAUACACCUUGAUGUAUGUAUGUACACACACACACAAACACCACAUGCAUAUAAAAGGCAUAUAAAAUUUAAAUAUAUGAUGGUUUUUUAAAAAGGCACUGCCUCCCUCAUGCAACUUUGGAGCUGAUUUUAAAUCCCCAGCAACUUUGUGUAGCAUUCUAACGUAAAGGCGGAUUGGAUUUAAUGAUGUUGAAUUUUUAACAAAUGCUCUGUUUCCUUUCCCAAGUGCUCAAAUACCUUUUGUGGUAUUUGGCUUACUGAUAUAUUCUUCUGCUGGUUGUUGUAUGUGGUGUAUUUUCUCCUUUUUGUUGUUGGAUGUGGUGGUAAGAGGAGAGCCCCGGAAAAUUCUCAACCACAGAAGGGGAAAGGAAAUUUACAAGAGUCUUGUUGGUCCAACCGUUAGCUAUACAAAUUGAUGGAUGGUUUUCCCCAAACGCUUUUUUCCCCAUUCAAGGAGAUAUCUGGAGAACUUGAAAUAAUCAACUGGCUGUCUGGAGCCCCUUUCUUGGCACUAUCACACUUUUGUUUUGCAAUCGGAUUACUAUGGGACACCAUUCGCAACCUGAAACAGUACUUCCCAGUUGUGCAGGAUUUGAAUCUCCAUUAUCCUGCUGACUACAGGUUAUGGGAUUUCCUAUCCGAUAUAUCUGGAGGAAGCAGAAGGUUGGCUAAUGCCAUUGUGACACCUUUUCGUAGCACAAACCUGUCACCAGAGGGACUGAUAGCAGUAGUCAAGAGCUUGUGUCAACUAUAGGUAUUAUGGGCUCCUCAGUGAUGAGCAAUUCCCUUUAAAUGUAGUUUUUGUAGCCUUAAUGGCCAAGAAGAACACUUGUAGAUUAACCACUGCGCUGUUGGUACUGUUAACGGAUGAAACCAUUGGCUAAAUUCCACUAUAAUACUUGGGACUAAUUGAUUACCGUAUCUGACUAACGUCAGAGUUCAAAUUAUGUACUGCAAGCUUACCCAAGCAGGCAUAUUCCAGAUUUUUUAAUCAAUUCCCGCAUUCUUUCCCAGGGCUCUCUAAGGGAGAUUCUGGGAAUUAAAGUAAUGACACCUCAAGUGAGGUUAGAAAUCAUUUCCAUGGAAAGAAUUAUAGGAACCUCCAGUUCAUUUGUCCCUCUCUAAUGUGGAAGGUGUCUUUAUUUUAUUUAAUGUUUUAAAUCUAGGCAAACAUUACAUGAAUUCAUUUUGGAACCUUUUAAACGGGUGGGAAUAUACAAAAGACUCAGUUGCUGAAUUAUGGCAACUCUUCCAUCCCUCUGGUUUUACCAACAGAGCAGGCACUUUAAUUCACUGUUACCCUUUAAAGAGCUCCAUUGAGAAAACUUCACCCAUCUAGGAGUUUUGUUAUGUCCCGGAACAAAAAAGAGAGGCCAAGCCAAGGGGGCAGGUUUUGGUCUGGAGCAGGGGUCUCCAACCUUGACAACUUCAAGACUUGUGGACUUCAACUCCCAGAAUUCCUCAGCCAGCUUUGCUGGUUGAGGUAUUCUGAGAGUAGAAGUCCACAAGUCUUAAAGUUGCCAAGGUUGGAGACCCCUGGUCUGGAGUGACAGCAUCCGUUAUGGAAUAAUCUAGAAGAACAUGUCAUGCCCAGAACAAGCCAGGGGGAAAACCAGUUUUGAGAGUGGUCCAUCUGUCUCGAUGCUUCUUGGCUGCUAUUGUUUUAGUCCUGGAGGAGACACUGAGCUGAGGAUCUUAUCUAUGCUCAUGUUGAUAGGUGUGUGUUGUGGAGGGGAAAGACAGACCUGGUUUUGAAAGGCUUGAUGGUGUGUUGCCUUAGUGCCACGGUUGGAUAAAUAUCGAUGUCCACGUGUUUUAUGAAGGAAUCUGGCCUUUUCCCGAUGAUAGGGAUGGAGGAAAAAGACCUUCUCCCAAUGGCCUCCUAGUGCCACCAUUCUGAACUCUGGCCUUUCAGUUUUCUGCUGAUGCCCAGGUUGUCAUGAGGGUAGCAGUCACAAAAGCCCUGUUAACUUUAAAAACCAGCAAUUCCUCCAUCAAUGUAAAGCUGGAGGGGAUAUGCAGGGUGUGCCAUGUGGGAUAGGAUAAGAACAUCUCUUGAUGUUCUCUGUCCGGCCAAACAAGCAAUAUCCCCUGAAGUUCCAAUACCCAAGAAAAAGACAGCGCCUUUUUAAAAAACCAUCGUAUAAUUAAAAUUUUAUAUGCAUUUAUAUGUAUUUUGUGUAUUUUUGUAUAUAUACACAUAUACAAAAUAUGUGUAUAUGUACACACACACAAAAUGCAUAUAAAUUUUAAUUAUGGUAUAUGCAGUUUGUGUAUGUAUGUAUCUGUAUAUCUGUGUACACAUAUCAUAUUUAUGUAUGCGUGUGUGUGUGUGUCUGUAUAUAUAUAUAUAUGUAUAAGAUAGAUAUAGUGAUAGAUUUAGAUAGAUAUAGAUAGGUAUAGAUAGAUAUAGAUAGGUAUAGAUAGUUAUAGAUAGAUAUAGAUAGCUAUAGAUAGGUAUAUAUAUACACACACACAUAUACACGCAUACAUAAAUAUAUGUGUACAUAGGUAUACACAUACAUACGUACACAAAAUAUGUGUGUUUGUGCAUAUAUACACACACAUACACAAAAUGUCUAUAAAAUCUAAGAUUUUAAUUACAUCCACAUUUUGUGUAUGCAUGUAUACACCUUGAUGUAUGUAUGUACACACACACACAAACACCACAUGCAUAUAAAAGGCAUAUAAAAUUUAAAUAUAUGAUGGUUUUUUAAAAAGGCACUGCCUCCCUCAUGCAACUUUGGAGCUGAUUUUAAAUCCCCAGCAACUUUGUGUAGCAUUCUAACGUAAAGGCGGAUUGGAUUUAAUGAUGUUGAAUUUUUAACAAAUGCUCUGUUUCCUUUCCCAAGUGCUCAAAUACCUUUUGUGGUAUUUGGCUUACUGAUAUAUUCUUCUGCUGGUUGUUGUAUGUGGUGUAUUUUCUCCUUUUUGUUGUUGGAUGUGGUGGUAAGAGGAGAGCCCCGGAAAAUUCUCAACCACAGAAGGGGAAAGGAAAUUUACAAGAGUCUUGUUGGUCCAACCGUUAGCUAUACAAAUUGAUGGAUGGUUUUCCCCAAACGCUUUUUUCCCCAUUCAAGGAGAUAUCUGGAGAACUUGAAAUAAUCAACUGGCUGUCUGGAGCCCCUUUCUUGGCACUAUCACACUUUUGUUUUGCAAUCGGAUUACUAUGGGACACCAUUCGCAACCUGAGACGGUACUUCCCAGUUGUGCAGGAUUUGAAUCCCCGUUAACCCCUGCUGACUACAGGUUAUGGGGUUUCCUAUCUGAUGUAUCUGGAGGAGGCAGAAGGUUGGCUAAUGCCAUUGUGACACCUUUUCGUAGCACAAACCUGUCACCAGAGGGACUGAUAGAAGUAGUCAAGAGCCUGUGUCAACUAUAGGUAUUAUGGGCUCAUCAGUGAUGGGCAAUUCCCUUUAAAUGUAUUUUUUGUAGCCUUAAUGGCCAAGAAGAACACUUGUAGAUUAACCACUGCGCUGUUGGUACUGGUAAUAGGUGAAACCAUUGGCUAAAUUCCACUAUGAUACUUGGGACUAAUUCCACUAUGAUACUUGGGACAGAUUACCGUAUCUGACUAACAUCAGAGUUCAAAUUAUGUACUGCAAGCUUACCCAAACAGGCAUAUUCCAAAUUUUUUAAUCAAUUCCCACAUUCUUUCCCAGGUGGAUUCUGGGAAUUAAAGUGAUGAUACCUCAAGUGAGGUUAGAAAUCAUUUCCAUGGAAAGAAUUAUAGGAACCGCCAGUUCAUUUGUCCCGCUCUAAUGUGGAAGGUGUUUUUAUUUUAUUUAAUGUUUUAAAUCUAGGCAAACAUUACAUGAAUUGUCUUUUAACUUCAUUUUGGAACCUUUUUAAUGGGUGGGAAUAUACAAAAGACUCAAUUGCUGAAUUAUGGCAACUCCUCCAUCCCUCUGGUUUUACCAACAGAGCAGGCACUUUAAUUCACUGUUACCCUUUAAAGAGCUCCAUUGAGAAAACUUCACCCAUCUAGGAGUUUUGUUAUGUCCCGGAACAAAAAAGAGAGGCCAAGCCAAGGGGGCAGGUUUUGGUCUGGAGCAGAGUCUCCAACCUUGACAACUUUAAGACUUGUGGACUUCAACUCCCAGAAUUCCUCAGCCAGCUUUGCUGGUUGAGGUAUUCUGAGAGUAGAAGUCCACAAGUCUUAAAGUUGCCAAGGUUGGAGACCCCUGGUCUGGAGUGACAGCAUCCGUUAUGGAAUAAUCUAGAAGAACAUGUCAUGCCCAGAACAAGCCAGGGGGAAAACCAGUUUUGAGAGUGGUCCAUCUGUCUCGAUGCUUCUUGGCUGCUAUUGUUUUAGUCCUGGAGGAGACACUGAGCUGAGGAUCUUAUCUAUGCUCAUGUUGAUAGGUGUGUGUUGUGGAGGGGAAAGACAGACCUGGUUUUGAAAGGCUUGAUGGUGUGUUGCCUUAGUGCCACGGUUGGAUGAAUAUCGAUGUCCACGUGUUUUAUGAAGGAAUCUGGCCUUUUCCCGAUGAUAGGGAUGGAGGAAAAAGACCUUCUCCCAAUGGCCUCCUAGUGCCACCAUUCUGAACUCUGGCCUUUCAGUUUUCUGCUGAUGCCCAGGUUGUCAUGAGGGUAGCAGUCACAAAAGCCCUGUUAACUUUAAAAACCAGCAAUUCCUCCAUCAAUGUAAAGCUGGAGGGGGUAUGCAGGGUGUGCCAUGUGGGAUAGGAUAAGAACAUCUCUUGAUGUUCUCUGUCCGGCCAAACAAGCAAUAUCCCCUGAAGUUCCAACACCCAAGAAAAAGACAGCGCCUUUUUAAAAAACCAUCGUAUAAUUAAAAUUUUAUAUGCAUUUAUAUGUAUUUUGUGUAUUUUUGUAUAUAUACACAUAUACAAAAUACGUGUAUAUGUACACAUACACAAAAUGCAUAUAAAUUUUAAUUAUGGUAUAUGCAGUUUGUGUAUGUAUGUAUCUGUAUAUCUGUGUACACAUAUCAUAUUUAUGUAUGCGUGUGUGUGUGUGUCUGUAUAUAUAUAUGUAUAAGAUAGAUAUAGUGAUAGAUUUAGAUAGAUUUAGAUAGAUAUAGAUAGGUAUAGAUAGAUAUAGAUAGAUAUAGAUAGGUAUAGAUAGAUAUAGAUAGAUAUAGAUAGCUAUAGAUAGGUAUAUAUACACACACACAUAUACACGCAUACAUAAAUAUAUGUGUACAUAGGUAUACACAUACAUACGUACACAAAAUAUGUGUGUUUGUGCAUAUAUACACACACAUACACAAAAUGUCUAUAAAAUCUAAGAUUUUAAUUACAUCCACAUUUUGUGUAUGCAUAUAUACACCUUGAUGUAUGUAUGUACACACACACACAAACACCACAUGCAUAUAAAAGGCAUAUAAAAUUUAAAUAUAUGAUGGUUUUUUAAAAAGGCACUGCCUCCCUCAUGCAACUUUGGAGCUGAUUUUAAAUCCCCAGCAACUUUGUGUAGCAUUCUAACGUAAAGGCGGAUUGGAUUUAAUGAUGUUGAAUUUUUAACAAAUGCUCUGUUUCCUUUCCCAAGUGCUCAAAUACCUUUUGUGGUAUUUGGCUUACUGAUAUAUUCUUCUGCUGGUUGUUGUAUGUGGUGUAUUUUCUCCUUUUUGUUGUUGGAUGUGGUGGUAAGAGGAGAGCCCCGGAAAAUUCUCAACCACAGAAGGGGAAAGGAAAUUUACAAGAGUCUUGUUGGUCCAACCGUUAGCUAUACAAAUUGAUGGAUGGUUUUCCCCAAAUGCUUUUUUCCCCAUUCAAGGAGAUAUCUGGAGAACUUGAAAUAAUCAACUGGCUGUCUGGAGCCCCUUUCUUGGCACUAUCACACUUUUGUUUUGCAAUCGGAUUACUAUGGGACACCAUUCGCAACCUGAGACGGUACUUCCCAGUUGUGCAGGAUUUGAAUCCCCAUUACUCCUGCUGACUACAGGUUAUGGGGUUUCCUAUCCGAUAUAUCUGGAGGAGGCAGAUGGUAGGAAAGGUUGGCUAAUGCCAUUGUGACACCUCUUCGUAGCACAAACCUGUCACCAGAGGGGCUGAUAGCAGUAGUCAAGAGCUUGUGUCAACUAUAGGUAUUAUGGGCUCCUCAGUGAUGGGCAAUUCCCUUUAAAUGUAGAUUUUGUAGCCUUAAUGUCCAAGAAGAACACUUGUAGAUUAACCACUGCGCUGUUGGUACUGGUAAUGGGUGAAACCAUUGGCUAAAUUCCACUAUAAUACUUGGGACUAAUUGAUUACCGUAUCUGACUAACAUCAGAGUUCAAAUUAUGUACUGCAAGCUUACCCAAGCAGGCAUAUUCCAGAUUUUUUAAUCAAUUCCCGCAUUCUUUCCCAGGGCUCUCUAAGGGAGAUUCUGGGAAUUAAAGUGAUGAUACCUCAAGUGAGGUUAGUAAUCAUUUCCAUGGAAAGAAUUGUAGGAACCGCCAGUUCAUUUGUCCCACUCUAAUGUGGAAAGUGUUUUAAUUUUAUUUAAUGUUGUUUUAAUGUUGUUUUAAAUUUAGGCAAACGUUACAUGAAUUGGCUUUUAACUUCAUUUUGGAACCUUUUUAAUGGGUGGGAAUACACAAAAGACUCAGUUGCUGAAUUAUGACAGCUAGGCUUCUGAUUCUCGUUGGGGAUCCCACAUAUUUUAAAGUGGGUGCGAUUUUCGGUUGCACACUACAUGCAAAAGAGCCAUAGGAAAAUGUGGCCCCCUGCUGCUGCUCCCCCUCCCUGUGUAUACUACAAACAAAAGGUAAUACAUUUGUCUGUUGAUUACCCCCUUGUAAAUAAUUUUCUAUUUUACUUUUUUGGUGGUAACUAUCGAGAUAAAUAUUUUAAUUAGAUAACUUAUAAGAAAUGAAUUACAUUGUGUAUCAAUAAAAGCCAAACA